UUUUUUAUUUUUUUUUUAUUUUUUUAGGACCAUUCUAUCUUUAUCUUAGUAGUUAUUAGUGUUUAGUUUCAACAAGAAACUAGAGAGAGAUAAAGACAAAGAGGUUUACUUAUAUUACAGUAAUUGGUAAGGAGUUUAAACACUCAUCAAAGUCUCAGAAAAUGAUGAUUGGUCGGAGGAUUUUGAUUUUGCAGAAGAGGUCUUUCAGCUCCGUUCGGCGGAUCCUAUGUCCGUACACCUCCCAAACUCCGAACCCGAAUCCAUCCCCAGCCCAAGCCUCGGCGUCGUUUCGGUCCGCUGGUAGUCAUAGUAGUAUUCUUCAUUUCAAUGCUCCAUAUAUUGCUGUGAAUAGAAGUUUCUUUUCAAGUCAUGCUGUAGCAGAUCUUCCAGUGGGUGGGAUAGUUGAUGUACCGUUAGCACAAACUGGUGAGGGCAUUGCUGAAUGUGAACUUCUUAAAUGGUUUGUGCAGGAGGGGGAUCAAAUUGAAGAGUUUCAACCAAUUUGUGAAGUUCAAAGUGACAAAGCAACCAUAGAAAUAACAAGUCGUUACAAAGGGAAAGUUGCUCAAAUUCUCUACGUUCCUGGUGACAUUGUAAAGGUUGGAGAAACUCUUUUAAAGAUUGUUGUUGAGGAAGCACAGGUUUCGACCCAUGUUUCAGAAAACCCAACUCCAACACAAGAGGGUCUAAAAAAUAUAAAGCCUUGCGAUUCAGAGCUAACUAAAAAUGACAUAUGCGAAGUCCUAUCCACACCUGCUGUCCGGAACCUUGCAAAGCAACAUGGUGUAGAUCUAAACGAUGUCAAGGGAACUGGUAAAGAUGGCAGGAUAUUAAAAGAAGAUGUCCUCCAAUAUGCUUUCCAGAAAGGAAGCAUUAAAGAUCCAUCUGCCUCCUUGACUUCUGCUUCAAGAAGGCAGUUUCUUGGAGGAGAAGAGGAUAAUCCACAUCCUUCAGGUGAAGUUCUAUGGAGCUAUGAAGAUAAGACAGUUCCGCUGAGGGGUUUCCAGCGAAAAAUGGUAAAAUCAAUGUCCAUGGCUGCAAAAGUCCCACAUUUUCAUUAUGUAGACGAGAUAAAUUGUGAUGCAUUGGUGGAACUUAAAUCAUCAUUUCAAAGUACUAAUUCCGAUCCAGAUGUUAAGCACACUUUCCUUCCAACACUGAUAAAGUCGCUUUCAAUGGCAUUGAGCAAGUAUCCCUUAAUGAAUAGUUGCUUCAAUGAUGAGUUACUUGAAGUCAUCCUUAAAGGUUCUCACAAUAUUGGAAUUGCAAUGGCUACUUCAUCUGGUCUAGUUGUACCAAACAUAAAGAAUGUUCAGUCACUUUCAAUCUUGGAGAUAACAAAGGAACUGUCAAGGUUACAACAAUUGGCAUUGGAUAACAAGCUUAAUCCUGCGGAUAUAUGUGGUGGAACAAUAACAUUAAGCAAUAUUGGAGCAAUUGGUGGAAAGUUUGGUUCACCCCUCCUCAACUUGCCUGAAGUUUCCAUUAUUGCAAUUGGACGAAUUCAGAAAGUUCCUCAAUUUACAGUUGAUGGAAAUAUUUAUCCUGCAUCAAUCAUGACCGUUAAUAUAGGCGCCGAUCAUAGAGUUUUGGAUGGGGCAACUGUUGCAAGAUUCUGCGGUGAAUGGAAACAAUUUAUUGAAAAGCCGGAACUGUUGAUGUUGCAUAUGAAAUGAGAGAUCUUUAAAAAUGUCCAGAAUAGAAGAUGAUCUGUCUUGAUUGUUUGUCGAGAGGAUAAGGGCAAAAUGUACAGUGAUCUGCACAAAUCUAUUGCUAUGGCAUUUGUUGCUAAAGGAGGUAAGCUGGGAUUUGGCUGUGCUAACAUUGUUGCUGGUUCUAGCUGAUGUUUGUAUCUGAAACGAAGAAAGCAGCCAAGCAAUUUGUUCAACACACACUGUUUCAGUCCUAUUGCAUCAAUAAUGCUUGAUCAUUUAGGUGAUGAGAUUCCAGAUUUUGACCAUGCCUUUAUCUUUAGCUCUCAGAUGCAUGUUACUGUGUCUAAGUGAAGAGCUUGUGACAUAAUACUGGCUAUUGCUAGCAAAAAUAAAUAAUGAUAAUAUAGGACUAGGGUUAUAGUUUCUCUGGUAGUUAAAUGUGUUACAUUACCAAAUAGAUCUGAAUCAUAUCUUCAUUUCAAGCCACGAUAUCAAUUGGUAUCUCUUUCUCAAAAUUAAUUUAAUAAAGUUCAGAAACCUUGUUUUAA